AACUUCCCAGCCCAAACCCCGACGCGUCCCCACCUCCGUCGCCGAUGACACCGCGUGCCCCGCAGGUUCGGCAUCACCCGCCGCACCUCCUCCUCGCCGAGGCUGUCGCCUCCUGGCACCCUUUCCACAAGAAGCCAUGUCUCACGGACCGCUCCACGGCUCCCCCCUCCUCGGCCCGCCUCCCCGAUGCGGAGACUCCGACGCCUGCCCCCUCGGGGGGCGGUAGCGGCGGAUCCUUCCGGUGGUUCGGGCUCCGCAAGCGGCGCCGCCGCGGUCCGGGCUCGCGGUCCGUGUCCGGCCGCAGCAGCGACCGCCGGAGAUCCGGCACGUGCUCCGACUUCCAUUUCACGUGCGGCGCCGGUGGUGGUGGCGGCGGCGGUGCCACUGACUCCAGCGGGGAGAUGUGGGCGUCGGAUGUCGGGGAGGUGCGGAUGAGGGACGUGCCGAUGGCGACGGAGUUCGGCCCGUCGCCUGUUGGUGGGGUUGGUGUCUGGAGUGGUGGGGUCGGCGCUGCAGCGGAGGCAGCAGUCACCGAUUCUGAAUAUGGGAGCGAACCUGGGUACCGUGGCGACGUGGAGCUGGGAUAUGGAGAUGAAAUCGACGAAGAGGAGGAGGAUGGGAGGCAGCAGCUGUUCUGGGGCGGGGUGAUUGGAGAUAUGAACAAAAUGAAAAUCGAUGGCGACAAUAACUUUGGGGAGCAGAAGAGCCAUCACCGAUGCAGGCGCAAGAAGCAUGAUGUGAGGAUUUUGGAUUCCUUGAGUUGAAGAGCUUCAUAAGGCUAAAAGUGGUGAAGCGUCCAUGUGUUGGUUGUAGUGUUCCUUCACUAGCAGCAGCUAUUUAUCGAUAGCAUGUCUUUGUUGCAGCAUCCACUGAUAGAGCAGACAACUAGUUACUAGUGUUUCGACAUUUUGUAUGGCACAGAUGUUUCAUAAUAGUUCCCUAGUAUCUGGGCGAGAAUUUCCA